AUGCCGUCGGGGUCGGCGACGCAGUUCCGCUACACGCAGACGCCGUCCAAGGUGCUGCACCUGCGGAACAUGCCGUGGGAGUGCACUGAGGAGGAGCUCGUCGAGCUCUGCAAGCCCUUCGGCAGGGUCGUCAACACCAUGUGCAACGUCGGCGCCAACCGCAACCAGGCCUUCGUCGAGUUUGCGGAUCAAAACCAGGCAAUUUCAAUGGUUUCCUAUUACGCUUCAUCUUCCGAACCUGCUCAAGUUCGUGGUAAAACUGUAUAUAUCCAAUAUUCAAACAGGCAAGAAAUUACCAACAAUAAAGGCACUGGUGAUUCUUCUGGCAAUGUCCUGCUUGUCACUUUUGAAGGUGUUCAGCCUAAUGAUGUUACCAUAGAAGUCAUUCAUUUGGUAUUUUCAGCAUUUGGAUUUGUUCACAAGAUAGCUACUUUUGAGAAAGCAGCUGGUUUCCAGGCACUUAUCCAGUAUACUGAUGCCCCAACUGCUCUUGAAGCUAAAAACUCAUUGGAUGGAAGAAGCAUUCCAAAAUACUUACUUCCAGAACAUAUCAGUGCCUGCCACAUGCGCAUAACCUUUUCUGCGCACAAGGAUUUGAAUAUCAAAUUUCAGUCACACCGCAGCAGGGAUUACACUAAUCCUUAUCUUCCUGUGAACCAAACUGCAAUUGAGGGGAUUGUGCAGCCCACAGUAGGCCCUGAUGGAAAGAUAAAGGAGCCUGAGAGCAAUGUACUUCUAGCAUCAAUUGAGAACAUGCAGUAUGCUGUGACAGUCGAUGUUCUGCACACUGUGUUUUCUGCUUUCGGUACUGUUCAAAAAAUUGCAAUGUUUGAGAAGAAUGGUGGAAUGCAGGCUUUAAUUCAAUAUCCAGAUAUAACAACUGCAGCAGUUGCUAAACAAGCCCUGGAGGGACACUGCAUAUAUGAUGGUGGUUACUGUAAGCUUCAUCUGUCAUACUCUCGUCAUACUGAUCUCAAUGUAAAGGCGCAUGAUGAGAGAAGCAGGGAUUACACUCUUUCAGACCCUAAUGCUCAACUGCAAGCUGCUGCACAACCACCAGCUCUAAGCACUCCAGGAGUGGCAUGGCAGAACACUGCUGCGCCAGCUGCUCCGUUUUAUGCAAGCACAGCAGCAUCAACUCCUGCUGGAGUUGGACAAGUGCCUGGUUGGAAUCCUAACAUGCAGGCAGGGGCUUUUGCAUCUGCAUCCACUCCGUACCCGAGCCAACCAAUGAUGGCAAACUCCAUGCCUCACUAUCCUGCUAUUGGAACCAGCUCGGGCGCCCCACCGGUACCAUUUCAGGCGUCACAGCAGAUGCCCCAGUACGGCAUCCCCCCUGGUGCUCCGCCGCAUGCACCUCCAGCUGGCCAGCCAAUGUACUUUCCGAAAUAAGGCGGUUCCAUUCGACGAUAUUGUCAGAGAGCAAUUGCGUGCUACUUGCAGCCAUUUGUGGUCUGCAUAUGCCCCUUUGAAAUUUUGGAAGUGCAUUGUAACUCUUCGAUGUAGCUCUUUGUAACUUGCGAGCUCGCAUCGCAAGUAUACCUCUGCGCCGGUUGUGUCUGUAAAACUGCCCACCAAAAAUAGAAAUGUUAAUCUAUUAGCUCGCAUGGAUUAUUGGUGCUGUGCUGUUGACUGUUGAGCUCAA